CGCAUUUGUAUGUUAUCAUCUUGAACCUUUUGCUUCCUUACCAGUUUGACGCUGCUGCCUUUUAAUUCUGUUUCUUGAUCUUUGUUGUGCAGGCACCCGAGCCAUCAUCUGGACCCCACAAGUCGAGGGAAUGCUUGCCACUUAUUCUCAUUCUAUGAAACAGAUUGAAGUAUGCUCUAACAUAUAGAGAAGUGAUUGCCAUUCUUAUGCACAGGCAUGUUAUGGUAGAUGGGAAGGUUAGGACAGAUAAGAACAUAUCCUGCUGGUUUCAUGAUGUUGUGUCAAUUCCCAAGACAAAUGAGGACAUCCAUCUCCUUUAUGACACAAAAAGUCGUUUCCUCCUUCAUGCCAUCACAGUUGAUGAGACCAAGUUUAAGCUAUGCAAAGUUAGGUCUGUCCAAUUUGGUCAGAAGGGUAUUCCAUACCUCGACACCUACGAUGGACGCACCAUCUGCUACCCAGAUCCUCUGAUCAAGGCUAAUGACACCAUCGAGCUUGACCUAGAGAUCAACAAAAUUGUUGAUUUCAUUAAGUUUGAUGACAGGAAUGUUGUCAUGGUCACCAGAGGAAGGAACAGGGGGCGUGUAGUAGUGAUCAAGAACCGGGAGAAGCAUAAGGGUAGCUUCGAGACUAUCCACAUUCAAGAUGCUGCUGGGCAUGAGUUUGCAACUCGUCUGGGCAAUGUAUUUACAAUUGGUAAAGGAACAAAGCCAUGGGUUUCACUUCCUAAGGGCAAGCCUAUCAAGUUGUCCAUCAUUGAGGAAGCCAGGAAGAGGAUUGCAGCCCAAGCUGCUGUCUAAAUUUUGAUGAUUGUUAUAUCUGGAGGUGGUUUUAUAUAUUUUUGUAAAAAUUAAAUUCUCCAUGACUCCAUCUCCUACGAUAAAAGGUUUUGUUUUUCCUGUCAUUUUCAUCGAAUUUGAUUGAAAGAUUGAUUUUUUAUUUUGUUUCAAGUAAAAAUAUAGUGAAUUUGCAUGUAUCUUUAUCUGGUUAUUGUAAAUUUAGAGUGAAGUUUAGUUGCCAUGAACAAAAUUUGUGCAUGAAUUGUUACUGACAUUGGAUUUUGCAGUUUUACUUAUCUGA